CUUAAUCAUAAACGAUUCCACCAAUACAUUCUAGAAGUUCAAUCAUACUAAGACCUAAAAAUAGAUUAGUGAGUGUACAUUGAAGUAUAAAUCCAUAACGAUUCAACCAUUAUAAGUUUAUACUACACAGACAUUUAGAUACAAUCAGAAUGGAGAAAAUAAUUGACCUGUUUGGUGAGAAAGUCAAGGGCAAGAAUGGUGAUGUUGAUAUAAAAGAUCUCUGUGGUGAAAAGAAACUUAUAGGUGUUUAUUUUUCUGCACAUUGGUGUCCUCCUUGCCGUGCCUUUACACCACAUUUGGCCAAGAAAUAUGAGACAUGGAAGAAAGCUGGUCAUCCAUUUGAAAUUAUCUUUGUUAGUUCUGACAGGGACCAGUCGAGUUUUGACGAUUAUUUCAAAGAAAUGCCUUGGCUAACAGUUCCUUAUGAUGACGAAGAACGAAGGAACAAGUUGUCUGAAACGUUUGAAGUGCAGGGUAUACCUACAUUAUCAAUUGUAUGUGGAAAAACCGGUACUGUCAUCAGCGAGGACGCUUCAGAAGAUGUAGGCGAAAGUGACGAGUUUCCGAAAACAUGGAAUACAGAUCCGGUUAAUAUCAAAGAAUUAAUUGGUGAUAAAGUGAAGGGAAAAGAUGGAGCUGUAGAUACCAGUUCUUUUACCGGAGAAGGCAAGGUUGUCGGUUUGUACUUUUCCGCCUAUUUUUUAAAAGUAUAUUUGUGUACGUUUUCAGGUUUGUACUUUUCCGCCCAUUGGUGUCCACCAUGUCGUGGAUUCACACCAGUUCUUGCCAAGAAGUACGAAGACUGGAAAAAAGCUGGCGCCAAUAACUUUGAGAUUGUGUUCGUUAGUUCUGAUCGUGAUGAAGCUAGUUUUAAUGACUAUUUUAAAGAAAUGCCAUGGCUAGCAAUGGAUUUCGAAAAAAGAGAUUUGAAGGCUACCUGCAGUAGUAAAUUUGGAGUUAGUGGUAUUCCAACUUUAAUCAUCUUAAACGGUAACACAGGAGAAAUAAUAGAUAAAAAUGGCCGUGCUAGUGUCCAGUCGUCAGAAACAUUCCCAGCUGCAUGGAACGUAUAAUAAGACAAUAUAUGGAUAUUAAAUGAUAUUCUUGAAUCUGCAAUAAUCUGCAAUAUUUAUUUAAAAACCACAUCUACAUGUUUUGAUAAUUUUUAUACGAUGUUAUUUAUUAACUUUAAGUUGUAAGAUAUUUUACCACCUUAUUUAUAAUUUGUUUAGGAUAUCAUUCAUUUAGUUUUUCUUUUAUUAUUAAAAAUUCUUUCUGCAAA